GUCUAGACGGGGGUAUAGGGGGGAAUAGUAGUGAAGAAGUACUGUCCUUUCCUGUUCCAACUUCACACUCUUUCUCUCUCCUCUUUUUCUCAACAACAACCAAAGCUCUUCCUUUCAUGGCGGAUUUUUCUCUUCCACAUUUUUCCAUUUUUACCCCUUCAUUUAUUCACCUCUAAUAUUACAUCUUACUAGGUGGGUUCUUCAUAUACCAUUUUCCUUAUUUUUCUUUAAAAAAAAAAACCCGAAAAGUUUGCUUUUAGUACAAUCUCUCUUCUCAUUUUCACUGAAAUAACGAUAUUUUCACUACAUUUUCCCAGAAAAAUUAAUCGCUCUCUUAUUCCCAAAAAUUCUUCGUUAAAUGAACCGCCAAAAUCCUUCCUAUUCUUCACUUUUCUGUUGAUUCAUCGCUAGAAAAGUGUUGGAUUUUCAACAGUUUAAAGAUUUCUAGUUUUUUUUUAGGGUUCUUCAUUGUAGUUUAUUUGGGGGUUUUUGGGGUUUUCUUUGUUUGAUGUUCUGGGUUUUUAAUUUUAUUGCUAUUUUUAGUAGGUGAGAAAGGUGUUUGCGUUGUAUACAAGUUUCCUAAAAAGGUAAAAAAAUUUGAAAGCGACAAACCCAGAAACUAUGGCACCUUGGACCAGCUCUGAUUUCCCUUCACUCAAUUCCCAAACUCGCUCUUCAUCCGGGUCAACUCGCCCUCUAUUCGGGUCGACCCGACCUCCUAUGGGGUCGUCGGGUCGGACCCCACAUGGGUUUGGUGGGUCCCACCACCGUGGCAGAGGUGGGUCUGGUGGACCCUACCGUGGUGGUGGUAGUGGUGGUCGGAUUAACGACGACCCGAAUUCAUCAACCGGGUUUGGUGGGUCCCACCGCCGUGGACGAGGUGGUGGUGCGCCCUUUCGCCGUGGUACCGGUUACCGUGGCGGCCGAGGUGCUGAAAUGAUUCAUGAGAAUGCUGAUUAUCCAAACCCAUUUGAUGAUGAUGAUGUUAAUGAGAAAUUUGAUGAGCUUGAGGUUAUUGAAGAAAGCAAUGAUUUAGUUAAGAAUCUUGGUAAUCUUAACAUUAAUAAUCCCAAUAUGAUUAACUUUGAUGCAUACGAGGAUAUCCCAGUUGAAGUUAGUGGUGAAAAUGUGCCAAAUCCAGUGACUACAUUUGCUGAGAUUGAUUUAGGGAAAGCUUUAAAUGAGAAUAUUAGAAGGUGUAAGUAUGUUAAGCCAACCCCAAUUCAACGCCAUGCUAUUCCUAUUGCUGUGAAUGGCAGGGAUUUGAUGGCUUGUGCUCAAACCGGGUCCGGUAAAACCGCCGCCUUUUGUUUUCCGAUCAUUGCCGGUAUUUUGAAGCGGGUUCCGCCUUAUCGGCCCCCGUUGUCUCGUGGUGGUGGUGGUGGUAAUGGUAGGAUGGCUUGUCCUGUUGCCCUUAUUAUGUCUCCUACUAGGGAGCUUUCUUCUCAGAUACAUGAUGAGGCUACAAAGUUUGCUUAUCAGACAGGAGUUAAGGUGGCUGUAGCAUAUGGAGGCACACCCAUGGCUGAGCAGCUUCGCAGGUUGGCAAAGGGUGUUGAUAUUCUUGUGGCCACACCUGGUCGCCUGGUUGAUAUGGUUGAGAGAGGCAAAGUAUCUCUUCGUAUGAUCAGGUAUUUGGCUUUAGAUGAGGCGGAUAGAAUGCUGGAUAUGGGUUUUGAGCCUCAGAUACGUAAGAUUGUCCAGCAGAUGGAUAUGCCUCCGCCAGGUUCAAGACAGACUAUGCUUUUCAGUGCCACAUUUCCUACUGAAAUACAGAAGCUAGCGGCUGAUUUCCUUACAAAUUACAUAUUUCUUACUGUUGGAAAAGUUGGGUCAAGCACUGAUCUCAUCAAACAAAACAUAGAGUUUGUUAGGGAUUUCGACAAGAGACGGCAUCUGAAGAAUCUUCUCAUGUCUCAGAAGCUGAAUGGAACAAAUGGAAAGCAUGCUUUGACAAUUGUUUUUGCUGAAACAAAGAGGGGAGUUGAUGAUCUUGAGUACUGGUUGUCUGGCAAUGGCUUCCCAGCAACAGCAAUACACGGUGACAAAGCACAAUGGGAAAGAGAAAAGGCCUUGCGAUCUUUCAGGAGCGGAACCACUCCAAUUAUUGUCGCAACUGAUGUUGCAGCACGAGGGUUGGACAUUCCAUGUGUGGCUCACGUCAUCAACUUUGACUUGCCUCGUGACAUUGAUGACUAUGUUCAUCGCAUAGGUCGAACAGGACGUGCUGGUAAUUCGGGUCUUGCAACUGCUUUCUUCAAUGACAAGAACAUGUCAAUCUCCAAGGCACUCAUUGAGGUUAUGGAGGACAGUAACCAAGAAGUACCUUCUUGGCUUGCUGAAUAUGCUGAGACAACCUCGUCUUAUGGAUAUGGUGGUGGCAGCAGUAGUCGCCGUUCCAGAAGUGGCAAGUUUGGUGGUCAUGAUUACCGAAGUUUUAAUCAAGCUUCUAAUGGCUACUCUGGUUAUUCUGAUUACUCCAACAAUUACUCUGACCAUGUUCCAAGUGCUGAACCUUUAGUUGAUGAUACAUCUGCUGCUGCUGAUCCUUACAACUCUCCAGAAUAUGGUUUUACUCAUGGUUACGACAAUAUUGUACCCAGUGGCUGGGAUUGAUCCAGUUAUCUGCUUAGCUAAUCUAUCUUUUGGCAGACCUCUUAAGACUGUUACUGCUUAGCAUCGUUACAUGCUCUCUGAUAUGCAUAGCUAAUGAUAAAUAGGAUGUAAAUGCAACUUUGGCAAGGAGCUUUGUUCGAACCAACCACGGUUCUGAGGCAAAGUUAUAGUUAACUUUCACGAGGAUUUGGGUGGGGUGGACUACUAAUUGGAGCUUUUUGUACAGGUGGUUGGUAUAUCUAUGUUUUUGACUAUUGCUCAGUGACCUUGAACAAUAUAUUUGAGAUAUAUGAAAGCUUUGUUAGAUCA